AUGGAAGCCGUUGGUGCCGCCGCGAGUGGCAUAGCCCUCGGCCAACUCUGCAUCGGCAUCGCCAAGGCCGUCCGCUUAUGGCACUCGAUCGAAGACCUCCCAUUAGAUCUGCAAGACGCCGUCGACCGACUCGAAGCCCUUGGCCCGGUUCUGCAAGGGAUUAUUGAUAAACUUUCAAGCUGCGAAGAAGAAUAUGGAGAGUUGGAUCUGCAACUGCCGACUCAGCAUGCCAAGGCCUGUGGACGAGAUGGUUACGAGGCUUCAAUCCAGCUUACAGAAGACACCGAAGCAGAGCUUACAGAGUCGUACGAGGCGGAAGAUGAGGCUUGCGUGGGCGGCGUUGCGGAGGGAUGA